AUGGCUCAGACUGUGGAGGACACUUCGGAGGUGAGCAGACAGCCACAAAAGUUCUUCAAAGUGGUUUCUACUUGCCAACACUCUUCAAGGAUGCCGGACAGUUUAUUUCUCAACUUUGAUGCUAAAGCAGUAGGAGAAAAAAGAUUGCUCCAGCUGAAUGAGUUGGCUGAAUUCCGGCUUGCUGCAUUUGAGAAUGCAAAAAUCUAUAAGGAAAGAGCCAAAAAGUGGCAUAACAGGAAGAUAUCUUCUAGUGUCUUUGAACUUAGCGAGAAAGUUUUACUCUUCAAUUCUAGACUCAAGCUCUUCCCUGGGAAGCUCAAGUCAUGUUGGACAGGACCUUUUGUGGUCACUACAGUGUCACCUUAUGGUCAUAUAGAACUUCAAAGUAGACAUUCCGAUGAAAGAUUCAUAGUUAAUGGCCAGAGAGUGAAACACUACUUGGGUGGUGAGGUUGAGCAAGAGAGAUCUACCCUACUGCUGACAUGA